AUGCUGUCCUGGGUAAUUGCUGAGUCACCAUUGGUUAAACAGCUUCUGAAUCAUUAUUCAAGCGCUGGUGGUUUUGCCUUGCUAAAGGAGCGACUUACUGGAUGCAGUGAGCUAAGCCUGAUACAGAUUGCGUGUCUUCUCAGGCCAUUUGCUAGCUGUGCAGAGUUUUUGACACCCGAAAUUGUACAAAUGUAUUUUGUUCCUGUUUUAGAUUGUCUAUGUAACUUUGUCGAAGGCCUAGAUAGUAAAGUGUUACUGCAGGAGGACACACACUGUCCCUGUGUCUUACCAGAUCUUGCAGGAGAAAAACUUAUACAAACUUUGCUAGAUUCGCUAAGUAUUAUCAUCGUCCAAGUGAAGUCAGAAGAUGUGGACGCCUACAUCAAUGUACAAUGUUGGCAACAUCGUAUAAGAACAAGGUUAAAGAUGCUAAGGGGCAUAUUUGAAUGCCUUUUUACACAUUCGAUUAUAGGUUUAUGUAUUAUGAUUUGA